GCUCGUUGGCGGCCGCGCUGCGCGGCGCGCGCUGGGAGAGAAGCCGCCGGCGGCUCUGCGCGCACGGCCCCGCCCCGCCCCUCCCGGCCGGGGACCCGGAAGCACUUUCCCUCGGCGGGGGACAGCUCAGCAGCGGGUGCGCGGCAGCGGCUCUGCCUCAGUCCCAUCCCCAUCAGCCCCAGCCCUGGCCUCGCUGCCCGCCGCUCCCCACCCGCUUCACGGCCUCUCUUUGGCCGCCGACUCGCCGCCGCUGUCCUGCUGCUGCUCCGCCGCCGCCUCCUUCUCCUGAUGAAGCCCGUCGUCGUCUUCGUCCUCGGCGGGCCUGGGGCGGGCAAGGGGACGCAGUGCGCUCGCAUCGUGGAGAAGUAUGGCUACACACACCUUUCUGCUGGUGACCUCCUCCGGGAUGAACGGAAAAGGCCAGGCUCGCAGUAUGGAGAACUCAUUGAGAACUACAUUAAAGAGGGGGAAAUUGUGCCGGUGGAAAUAACAAUCAGCUUGCUGAAGAGGGCUAUGGAUCAAACAAUGGCUGCCAAUUCCCAGAAGAACAAGUUCUUGAUUGAUGGAUUUCCCAGGAAUGAAGAUAAUCUUCAAGGCUGGAAUAAGACUAUGGAUGGAAAGGCGGAUGUUUCUUUUGUUCUCUUUUUUGAUUGUGACAAUGAGAUCUGCAUUGGCCGCUGUCUGGAAAGAGGCAAGAGCAGUGGUAGGAGCGAUGAUAAUCGAGAGAGUCUGGAAAAGAGGAUUCAUACAUACCUGCAGUCUACAAAGCCUAUAAUAGAUUUAUAUGAGAGAAUGGGAAAAGUCCGAAAAGUGGAUGCCUCUAAAUCUGUUGAUGAAGUUUUUGAAAAAGUUGUACAAAUUUUCGACAAAGAAGGCUAAUUCCCAGCUUGAAAGUUCAUAGAAACUUGUGCUUGAAUCUUGCUUGAAUAGCUGCUACUGCAGUCCACUCUUUGUAAUUGUUUUCAAAGAUUUUUUAAUUGUUUUUUUCACAUAUCUAAUGAUGAUCAGCAAAGCAGUUAAUUACAAAUGGAUCUGUUUUUUAAAUAGGAAAGAAUUUCUUGUGGCUAUAGUGUAGAGAUUUCAGGGUUCUCCUUUAGUACAAGUUCAGUUACUCCCAUGACAAAACCACAGUUAGGACAUCUCUCUGAAGAGACUAUUUAUUCUGUCACUGUUCAUGCCUGUUGUGGGCAACCCUUAUUCCUUACUACCAUACACCAAUUGUUUCCUAAGGAUCAGCUAAACAGCAACACUGAGCAAUGAGGGACCCGUGUGCCCUUGUUUGGUUUUUUUGGAUGCUUGGACCAAAUUUAACAAGAUAUUUCUUCAGAGUAUAAUUUGUCACAAAGUUCUGUAUUAUGCCCAAACCUGGAUCCUUUUAAAUCAGGCUACAGUUAGAAUAUGUUUUAGCAGUUCUCACAAAACUAUUUAAUGUGCUGCUCAGCAAUAGACAUACAAAGUCCUUGAUAGGAAGUGGUGCUUUCUUAGGACUCUGGAUAAACUGCCUCGUAAGCUCUUGAAUACCUGGAUGAUGUGGCCCUGGGCUUUACCUUAUUUUCAUUUGCAAAAGGUUAAGAAUAUAAUUUCAAAGUCAGGUCAGUAUUUUCACACUCAUUUAUUUAAAAUGGGAAGUUAUAUUCUUAAUUACAGCAUGGUCUUCACAAGGUGGCAAAACUCUUAGUGUACAAUAAGCAAAAUCUUUUAACAGUUCUGUCUUUCUUUAGCAGUUGGGAUUUUCUGUGUUGUUGUUAUGAUUAUUCAAAUACUGUGUUACUGACUGCUUUCAGGUGUAUUACCUGGGGAAGUAUUUUUAUGCUUAAAGGAGUGAAUUUGUUUCCCUAAAAUGGUAUCAUUUUAAUAGCUGUUUGUUUGAAAACUGUAAAUUAUUGCACUUUUGUUAUGAGGGAAGUUACCUGCAGAAAAAAAAGUUGCAUUCCCUUAAACAAAUUGAGUCCUGCUUCAUCACCUUGUCUUGAAUUAGCCAAGUCAAUAGCAAUAGUUAAGAUAAGCAUAAGCAGGCAACUAGUUGGAGCAAACUGGUUUUAACAUUUGCACAGAUGUGAUGUAAUUCUGCCUUUUGCUUAAGGAAUCUUUUUCUCCCCUGUGUAGUAUGCAGAAGUCUGUAGGGGCCCAACCACGUGUUCCUUGCACGUCCUAAGCUUUCACUGAAGAAAGCUUGAGAAGAUGAGUGUUUUAACUAGCGGUAGAGUGUUUCUCCUUACAUUAACUGACACUGUAAUUGACCUGUGACAUGCUGUUAGAUGUUGCAAGUCACAGGGAAUUGCAAUUUGGAAAUACAGGGGUUCAGCUUUUCUUUAUUGCUGCCUUUCUCUAUUUAGGAAGAGCUUAACAUUGAGCCGAGCUUCUAAUUAGAAUCAGUUCUGUUGGUCCUCAUCCUGCAAUCUGAGCUGUGCAGGCACAUUUGCAUCAAUUCUCAUCUCGCUGAGGUUAUUGAGGCUACUGGACUGGGAAAGAGAUGGGUACAGAAACAAAGAGUACACUUUUCCAGUAUGGUAGGAGUUCAAACAAUGGCCUGAGCACAAAUAGCUGUUUACUACUGCAGAAUAUAUGGACCAUGACUACUUGUGAGUGUGGGAGGCCAACGCUUUCGCUUUAUGAAUUUCUCCUUAAAGAUAAUUCUUCUUGUAGAAAUAUGCUGACAUAGGAUAGGAUCCAGCAAAACUGCAUGUUUUGAUAUGAAGGAAUAGAAUCAAGGUUUUUCCAAAGAGGCUUCAAGCAGGAUUCUUUCAUUAGAGAGAUUUAAUUGUCUUUUGUUUCUAAGUUACUGGUUUUUACAAGUUGCGUUUGGAAUAAAGUAUCUGUUUUCUCUCAUCAUAUACUUUUCUGUGUAUUUAAGUGCUGAAACAAAGAAGAAAAAAAAACCCUUUGGAACGAGUUUUUAGGAAAAAACCCAAUGCUUUGGCAAUAUUGAAUUUGGAGUGGAUUGUAACGUGUCUGUGCAAAGACUAGACUAUUUUUUGGUCAUUUUAUUUAUUGAAGAUGCUGUUAAAUGUGUUACUGAUUCUUUCAAGUUGAACUUGGGGUUGAAAUAAAGAUUAAAGACACCAUA